CUCAGCACACAGUUAAGACUCCUAUAAAUUCUCAGUCCAAACUUCUAUUUUUCUUCAAAACCCAAUUCAUGAUGAACUCCUUCACUGACCUCCUUGCAAACAACAACUGCAGCAAAAACAAAAUCAUCAUGGACAGUCACAGUAUUAGCCAAAAUACUAACAGUAAUAAUACAGCACUCAGCUGGGGAUAUUCUGAUCAUCGAAUUGGUAAUGAAAUCCCAAAGUUCAAGUCAUUCCCACCUUCUUCAUUGCCCCUUUCUCCUUCUUCUUAUCUGUCUUUCCCACCAGCUGCUUUCAGCCCAACUGAUUUCUUGAACUCACCUUUGUUUGCUUCCAAUUAUACUAAUCUGCCAUCUCCAACCACUGGUGCUUUUUCAGGUCAAGCAAUAUUCCAAAACAUGACCGAUUCUGGUUACAACCAGCUAGCUGCAGGGAUAAAGGAGGAAGAGAAAUUUAGUUCUGAUUUCUCUUUUCAACCACAAACAGAUUGGCCUGCUACCACAUCAUCAUCAUCCUUCUUUCAACCUUCUUCAACAGUGGAGGAAUCCUUGAAAAGACAAGAAGCAUCAUGGAGCUUCAUUAAACCGAGCAAUCAAACAGUAUUUCCGUCGGAGAAGGUGGAAGCUGUAGAUUCAGAAUUUGCCCCAGUUAAGAGCUUUACUUCAGAAAUGGCUACAAACCAAGAAACAAUGCAUAGUAUUAAUGCUUCAUCUGAUCACAAUCAGUACACUCAACAACCUCAAUAUAUCAGAGAGCAGAGAAAAACAGAUGAUGGAUAUAACUGGAGAAAAUAUGGUCAAAAAAAUGUGAAAGGCAGUGAAAACCCGCGUAGUUAUUACAAGUGCUCGUAUCGAAACUGCCCCAUGAAGAAAAAAGUUGAGACAUCCUUGGAAGGACAGAUUACUGAGAUAAUAUAUAAAGGAAAUCAUAAUCAUCCCAAGCCUCAGUCCAAUAGAAGAUCAUCUUCUCAGUCAAUUCAGCCUUCAUCAUGCACUAAUUCAGGGAUUUCUGAUCAGUCAGUUGUAACUCUUGGCAAUACAAAAAUGGAGUCUGUCACAACGCAGGAGGAAUCUUCUGUCUCAGUUGGAGAGGAUGAGUUUGAUCAAGGGUCACCGACGAGUAAUCUGGUUGGUGAUGACAAUGAGAAUGAGCCUGAGGCCAAAAGAUGGAAGGGAGAAAAUGAAAACGAGAGUUUUUCAACUUCUGGGAGUAAGACUGUGAGGGAACCAAGAGUUGUAGUUCAAACAAGAAGUGAAAUUGAUAUUCUUGAUGAUGGGUAUAGAUGGAGGAAAUAUGGACAGAAAGUAGUCAAGGGAAAUCCAAAUCCAAGGAGCUACUACAAAUGCACAACUAUAGGUUGUCCAGUGAGGAAACACGUUGAACGAGCCUCCCAAGACACGGGGGCUGUGAUCACCACUUAUGAAGGGAAACACAACCAUGAUGUUCCUGCAGCUCGGGGUAGUGGCAAUUAUGCUAUUGCAAGACCUCCAUCUAAUAACAAUACCAGCAACGCACCCAUGCUAAUUAGGCCCUCAGCCAUGGCCACCCAUCUUAACCAGACUACUUACUUGGAUUCUUUUCAGAAUGCAAGGUCAAGAGCAGGGAGUCAAUCCUCAUAUACCCCACAAAUGUUGCAGCUCCCGGGAGGCAUCGGAUUGUCCGGAUACACAAACCAAAAUCAUGCCUACAUGGAUCAAACACAACUCUCAGAGGGUGUGUUCUCUAGGUCCAAGGAAGGACGAAACACAUUCCUCGAGUCCUUACCUGAGGAUUACAAACUAUGAAUAGAUAGGAAUCUGAUUUUGUUUUUUUUUUUUUUUUUUUUGUCUAUAGUCUUGAAGGCAUUAGCUGUGUAAUAUUAGGGAUUGGAAUAAGUAGAGUAGAUUGCAUUUCCAUCUUUUUUAGUGAUUUGAGCCUUGAGGCCGUUCUAAACUUAAAAAAUACCUCGUUUUGAUUGAUUUUUGUAAUAGAACAGUGAAAACAAUGUGAAAUAUGACACUGAUUCUUUUA